AACAAGGCGAGCAAUGAACAAAGGACCACCACAGCCGCCGGACUCACUGAAUCGAAUCUGACCAAAAGAGGUUCCCAGUCAAACAAUGCCGACGAACACAGAGGUUCUGCGGGUAGCACUGCCAUAACUCAACACAGAAAUAGUGGGUCCAGGGACUCGAACGGCGGCAAAGCGGUAGAUCUCUAUAUACGUGGUCCCGAGGGCGGAGGAGGCGGUGGCAGUGGCAGUGACGGUGACGAGGAUGCGGGCGAGGAGACUGAUGUCAUUGGCGACCUAGUGGGGCAUUUUGGCAAAUGGCAGUUUCUGAUGACCAUGCUGCUGUCACUGUUCCAAGUACCGAACACCUUUCACAUAUCGUCGUCCAUAUACCAAGCGGCCAGCAAGGAUUUCUGGUGUAAGCGGCCCACUCACCUGCAGCACUUGCCAGUGGAUGUGUGGCGUAAUCUGAGUAAUUCCAAUGACAAUUGCUUUCAGAAUCUGGUCGACUGGGGUGGCAUAAGCAACGAAACCAUGGAGCAAUUGCAACAGCAAGGAUCUGUAUUCAAGAGCUUUGUUGGCAACAAUGAGACACGGCGAGCCUGCUCAGCUUGGGAGUAUGCCGUAGACGAUAACGUGGGGAAUAGUUGGACAUCCCAGUGGGAUCUGGUGUGUGACAAGGAGUAUUUGAAAAACGUGGCCGAGAUGUUCUUCCUGUUGGGUGUGGCAACGGGUGGCAUCAUUUCCGGUUACCUCUCGGACAAAUUCGGCCGCAAAACCAUGCUCUUCAUAUCGGCUGUGCUGCAGACCAUCUUCGGUUUGGCUUUAUAUUUCCCCCAUUCUUUUGAAUUCUACAUAACAUUAAGAGCCCUAUUGGGCCUAGUGUCCGUCUCGGUGACCUAUUCGGGCUUGAUAUUGGCCAUUGAAUAUGUCGAUGGCAAAUGGCGUACAAUAGCUGGCAUGUAUAACCUAUUUCCACUGCCAAUAUCUUACAUGGCUAUAUCCGGUAUUGCCUAUUUAACGCAAGAUUAUCAGCGGCUGCAGCUGUGCAUUGGAAUUCCAGGCAUUUUUCUUUGCUUUUUGUGGUUUGUAGUGCCCGAAUCACCACGCUGGCUCUUAGUCAAGGGUCGCAUCGACGAAGUCAAACAAAUUGUGGAAGCCGCUGCCCAAUUCAAUAAACGUGACUUACCCAGUGACUACGAGAGCCUGCUGAAACCACCUCCCCAGGAAGAAAACUCCCAGGAUUUCUUUUACCUCUUCAAAUCACGUUACCUGAGGCGUAUUACGAUUUGUUUUCUCUGCAUUUGGUUUACCAUGAAUUUGGCCUAUUAUGGCUUCAUCUUGAACAUGAACACGUUCGGUGGUAAUGUUUACUUGAAUUCGGCCCUAGCUGGACUGGUGGAAAUACCAGCCAUUGCAAUUGCCAUGUACAUAAUAUCGAAGGUCGGCAAGAAGUGGCUCUUCAGUGGCACUCUAAUUUGCGCUGGCAUUGCCUGCUGUUGUGCUGCCAUAACUGAGGGCAAGGAGGACAUUUUAUGGUUGAAAAUCACCUUCAUUAUGAUAGGAAAAUUCACUAUAAGUGCUGGUAACACAAUUAUGCCUGUCUAUACCGCCGAAUUGUAUCCCACAGCUAUACGCAAUGUGGGCGUGGGAGCUUGCAACAUUGCUGCUGGACUGGCUCUGAUAUUAACGCCGUAUUUGUCUCUAUUGAACAAAAUCGAGGAUCAUUUGUUGAUGUCGCUUCUAACGGCCUGGUGUUUAUUUGGCGGAUUUGUGGUUCUGUUCCUGCCUGAAACUAUGAAGCAACACACAGCCUCCACAAAGGCAAAGGAAGAAAAAUGUUAG